CAAACAUGGAUACAGAUGAACAGGUAAAACGGCGUAUCGCAGACGGUGAGGAGGUAAGCGACAUAAAUUACAUGUUUGACGAGAACAAGCACAUCAUACACUUCGCAGCACUGUACAACAACUUAGAUUUGAUAAGAAGAUGUUUGAACUGUGGCGUUGAUGUGGACAUCAAGGGAGGAAAGUUUCAGAGCACGCCGUUGUAUUUUGCUGUUUACAACAAAAACUACAGCACGAUGAUGUUUCUACUUGAAAACGGGGCCAACUCGGAUUACAUUAAUUUAAGCAACAACUCCCUGCGCAAGAUAUGCGUUCAUCGAGAUGACAUCCUUUCAUUUCUUUUGCUGGACAUUUUUGGUGUAGAUGAACAUUCUCAGACAGUGGAAAAAGAUAGGUUGGUGAAACUUGCCAUAAAACUAAGAAAAGUUCAGUUUGUAAGUUAUUUGAAGAGCAGUAACAAAAUAUCUCACAAAUUGGUCCUAUUCUUUGCGCUUAUACAUUUCAUAUCAUUUAUGUACAACGUAGAUCCCUACACGAUUGUGUUACUGUUCAUUUCCUACCACAACCUGCUCGUUUAUAUCAAAUUUAUGUUUUAUCUGAACAUUUACUACAGCAUUUUAUUCUCCAUAGAGCUGGUGGAGUAUAAUUUACUAUGGUCCAUUCUUUUAAUCCCGUAUUACGUUGCUUUUUAUAGACUGACGCGCAAUAAGAGGUGUGUAAAGAUCCGAGACAGAUGGGAAAAGAUUAAAAUUGUCAAAGAAAUGAUGAGAAAUAAGAAAUAUAACGAGAAAGAGUUUUGCGCUAUAUGCAUAAGGGACAAAAACAAGGAUACAAAGCACUGCAGCAGCUGCAACGUAUGUGUGGAUGGAUUUGAUCAUCACUGCCCAUGCCUGGACAAUUGUGUGUACUCCGGAAUGUCAGCACUUUUCUAUUUCUAUCUUCUAUACAGCAUUGGGCUGUGCUUUCUACGUAUUAUACUUGCGAACAGCCUGAACAUGCGCUUCAAUCUGCUGCUAGUCUUCUUCAUCGUUGUACUGCUGUUCAGAGCAUACGUAAAUUUGCGGGUGUUCGUGGACAACACAGGAAGAUGAACCAACAGCAUUUGAACAUAGGAAACGAACGGAUUCUAACAGCAAAUAAAUCGCAUAUUUGCAGAUAAUACUCACAUCUAUCGCUUAAUAAACGCCUAAAAUCU